AUCCAUCCCUCUAUUAAUAGGAACAACAUAUGUCAGUAUAUUAAAACAAAAUUCUCAUGACACUCCUUCCAAGCGAGAUUUAAUUAUUCAGUCCCGGAACUUUGAGAGUUCAUCAAGCGCCAGGUUCGCGGGGGUUAGGCACGCAGACGCGAUAUUCCUCCGAAGCUGUCAUCGCUGAAAGUUUGAUUCGCGUUUCAGUAACGCAGCUUUUUAAAACGAAAUCGGACGUUCGGGAGAUUCGGAGUAGUUUGUUUAAAUUCGUCAACUGUUGUCGGCGAAUAAUUGUUUAAUUGUAAAUAUACAAGUUUGUUUUGUGAAGAAUUUCUGUAAAUUAUGCUUGCUGCAGAAUAAAGUAAAUAACUUGAAGCAAUGCUGCGGAACUCGUUCUGAUGUCGUGAAAAUCCUAGAACCAAGAUAAUGAAUAAACCAAUGGAUGAUCAUGUGGGCCAAAGUUUAAUCAUAACAAACAUUACUAAUUUCGACGAAGACGAUGAGUUGCUAAUGCCUAAAUAUGGCUAUAUUUUGGCAGCGAUUGCAUUAACAUUUAUUGGAGUUUUUGGUUUCGUCCUUAAUUUGAUUGUUAUAAUUUUAAUGGUCAAAAAUAAAUUGGUGAACACUCCGUUGAACAUAAUCCUAUUUAAUUUGGUAUGCAGCGACUUUUCUGUAUCUGUAUUCGGUAAUCCUUUCACGUUCUUAUCAGCUGUCCAUCACAGAUGGCUGUGGGGUGAAACAAUGUGUCAAGCGUAUGGAUUUUUUAUGUCUCUUUUAGGAAUCUCCUCAAUUACUACUCUAACAGUUCUGGCAUUCGAAAGAUACAUGAUCGUGUGUCAUUCAUUUUCUAAAUAUUCGCUUUCUAACAGAGGAUCAAUAUACGUUCUGGUCUGCAUUUGGAUUUAUUCAUGCUUUUUGACUGUUCCUCCUUUAGUCGGUUGGGGGAAAUAUGUUGCUGAAUCUGCCAACAUCAGUUGUUCAGUGAAUUGGCAUGAAAAAUCGAUGAAUGCUAAAACUUACAUAAUUUAUCUUUUUGUUUUUGGUUUAAAAAUACCACUGAUCUUAAUAAUUUUCAGUUAUGCAAACAUAAUACGUACGAUAAAAAAGAACACUUUGACCAAAGGACACGUUACAAAAGCUGAAAACAGAGUGGCUUACAUGGUCCUGAUAAUGGUGUUGGCUUUCCUGUUCGCAUGGACCCCCUACGCUAUAAUAUCCCUAAUCGCCCAGUUUUCCGAUGUUUCAUUAAUUAGUCCCGGAAUGUCCGUGAUCCCGGCUCUAAUAGCCAAGAGCAGUAUUUGUUAUAAUCCCAUUAUUUAUGUUGGGAUGAACACACAGUUGAAGAAAACCUUUAUGAAUAUGUUGCACAUCGAAACAAAUGCAGCAUGUAUCGAUGUUAACAGUCAAACUUACACAACGAUGGGCACUUCAAGAUGCAUAUCUGUUUUGGUUCAUUUGACAGAAGACAGAAAGUCGAAGCAAAUGAGGAAGAUGAUGGGAGAAAGAUACACCAAUGACAACUGUGGAUUAAGCGUUGUUGAUCAUUGUAAGAAAGAGGAGAACAAUGAGAACAAGCAAAUAACAAACGACGAAACUGCUGUUACGUCCGUAUAAACUGAUAUCUAACCACCUAUAUUCAUGUUUCGAUGAACAAUGGCAAGGUUUACUAAAUUAAUUUAUUUAUUUUAAUUUAAGACAUGAUAGACCGUGACUGUGUUUUUUUACCAAAUGUCUAUUUAAUCUAAUAUUUUACUCAUCUUGAAUUUAUUUCAAUAUAGAUGUUUUAUUUUGAAAUGUUUUGUACUCUUCUGGCUGUGACGUAAUGAUAGAUGUACCUGGUUGUAAUAUUUACAAAUAAAUGUGA